AUUGAUAUUCAAAAUGGCGGAUGGAGCGUCCAAAGAUGAAAAGCCAGAAUCGAGAAUGAGCAAUCCGUCAGAGUCUAUCAAGCCUUCCCUGGAUGGCAAUGAAGGGAGCACAGGUGCCCAAACAAAUGGAUUGGAUUUCCAGCGGCAGCCCAUCCCAACAGGAGGCCCACUCACAACAGCACAGGCUCAGGCCUUACUGGGACAGCUGCACCAGGUACAACUUGCUGGAACAACUUUGCAGCCAACUGCUUCACAAACAUUAAAUUUACAGGUGAAAAGUGAAGAAUCAGGGGAUUCUUCAUCCCAGCAAACGACAACCCAGCCUUCGCUGCAACCAUCUUUACAGACCACCCUUCCACAGACACAGCUUAUGCUUGCUGGCGGGCAGAUCACUGGGCUUACAUUGACAACAGCACAGCAGCAGUUAUUGCUCCAGCAAGCACAGGCCCAGCUCUUGGCUGCUGCAGUUCAACACUCAGCAAAUCAGCAGCAUAAUACCACAGGAGCUGCCAUCUCUGCCACAGCAGCAACUCCUAUGGCACAAAUACCCAUCACUCAGCCAAUCCAAAUACAAGAUCUGCAACAGUUACAACAGUUACAGCAACAGAACUUAAAUCUGCAGCAGUUUGUUCUGGUGCAGCCAGGUCACCCUAUUACCACCAACUUGCAACCGACGCAGUUCAUCAUCUCGCAAACGCCACAGGGGCAACAAGGUCUCGUACAAGCCCAGAAUCUUCUACAACAACUACCUCAGCAAAGCCAAGCCAACCUCCUGCAGUCUCAGCCAAACAUCACCUUCACGCAGCCAGCAACACCGACACGCACAACGAUAGCAACAACUCCUAUCCAGUCGGUUCAGCAGAGCCAGUCGACACCAAAGCGCGUAGAUACUCCAAACAUAGAAGAGCCCAGUGAUCUAGAGGAACUUGAACAGUUUGCCAAGACGUUUAAACAGAGACGUAUCAAACUCGGGUUCACUCAGGGUGAUGUAGGACUUGCCAUGGGAAAACUCUAUGGAAAUGAUUUUAGCCAAACUACAAUCUCUCGUUUUGAAGCCUUGAACCUCAGCUUUAAGAACAUGUGCAAGCUCAAACCAUUGCUUGAAAAGUGGUUGAAUGAUGCAGAAAAUUUGUCAGUAGACUCUGCACUGUCAAAUCCCAGCUCCUUGGCUUCUCCAGGUCUGGGAAUCGAAGGGCUGAGCCGCAGGAGAAAGAAACGCACCAGCAUAGAGACCAAUGUUCGAGUGGCCUUAGAAAAGAGUUUCCUGGAGAACCAAAAGCCUACCUCGGAGGAGAUAAUGAUGAUUGCCGAUCAGCUGCAGAUGGAGAAGGAGGUGAUCCGAGUCUGGUUCUGUAACAGACGCCAGAAAGAGAAGCGGAUUAAUCCACCCAGCAGUAACAGCGGCACUACCACUUCUACCAAAACAAUUUUUCACAACCCCACCUCCAUGGUGGCCAGCACUAGUAACCUCGUGACGAGUAGUACACCGACUACUCUGGCUGUAAAUGCAAUGCAGAUGCCUGCAUCCAGUGCUGGUGUGACCAACUUCAGCAUUUCAGGUACAACUGCAUCAGGGACAGCUCCUACAAACGUGGCAUCUGUAAUCACCGGCUUAUCUUCUGCAGUUUCUACGUCAUCAGUCACUUCUCCAUCUCUAACCCCUUCACCGUCAGCGUCCAUUUCAGUGACUGAGUCAUCUAGCAGCAGUGAUGCAAAUACCACACAGUCAACCUCAACUGGCUUAGUAAACCCUCUGUGCACAAGCCAAAUCACAGUGUCAGCAUCUGGACUGCAGACAGGUGCCACUGCGCUGCAAGCAGCAGCUGCACAGGUAUCCACUGGUGCUGGUCUUGCCACCAAUCCAGGCCUAGCUGCCAUGGCUGCUGCUGCAGGACUAGCCAAUCCUAGCUUAAUGUCAGCCCCUCAAUUUGCAGCUGGAGGUGCCUUACUAAGUCUGAAUCCAGGGAGUCUUGGUGGUGCUCUUGGUCCAGCAUUAAUGAGUAAUAGCACACUGGCAACCAUUCAAGCGCUUGCAUCUAGUGGAACACUUCCUAUAACCUCCCUUGAUGCCAGUGGAAAUCUAUUGUUUGCCAAUGCAGCGAACCCAGGGGGCACUCCAAACAUCGUGACAGCCCCUCUCUUUUUGAACCCACAAAACCUCUCCUUACUCACCAGCAACCCAGCCGUAAGCCUGAUAUCUGCUGCCGGGACAACUGGACAUGCAGCGAGUCUCCAGAUGGCCUCUAUGUCAACUGAUUCCAGCCAGAACUCUUCAUUCACUGUGACCUCAGCAGGUGGGGCCACCAACACCACCAAGGCCCAAUGAGACGUACUCCCUAGAAUGGAUCAUUUAAUCCAGUAAUGGGAUGUGUAAUUGGCUGCUUCCAGCAAAAGCAAAACUGAUGUUUGCCUAAUUUUUUAACUUGCUUUUCAGGAUUGUGUCACAAAUGACAAAAAAAAGACUUCUACCAAAAAGGAAACACGUGAAUAUUUAUCGUUUCAGACGGUCGUAACAAUAUAGGAGUCAUUAACAAUGCAUAGGCAAGGGUUCUGUCUCCUUUAGUAUCUAUUUUAUUAGUUCUUUUUAAUUGUGUGUUUAUUUUAAUUAGGUCUGUUGUACAGGCCUUUUUGUUUCAUAAAGGUGUUUAUAUCAUGUAUAAAUAGCAUGGGUUUCUUUAACUGGUACAGUUUAGGCAGGCCUGUACUUGGGAUGCUUGUGCAUCUUUUUUUUUUCCCCUGUGUAUACCGUUAAGAAAAUUACAUUGGGUUUUUAUUUUUUUCUUCUUCU